UUGGCAGAUGGAAGAGGAGGAAAAGCCCCGGAGAUCCCUCUCGAGGAGGGGCUGCAAACCCAGCCCAGGGAGCUGCGAGGAGGAAAGACCCUCCCUGAGCUGGGAAGGCGGCCAGAGAUCCAGGCAGAGCUCAGAGCUGGUGGAGAAGCCUCCUGGAGGAGAGAAGCCCCACGAGUGCUUGGAAUGUGGGAAGGGUUUCAGCUACAGAUCCCAGCUGAUCCUACACCAGAGGAUCCACACUGGCGAAAAGCCCUACGAGUGUGAGGAAUGUGGGAAGAGUUUCAACUACAGCUCCAGCCUGAUACUGCACCAGGUGAUCCACACAGGAGAACGGCCCUACACCUUCUUGGAAUGUGGGAAGAGCUUUGGCAACAGCUCCAACCUGAGAAAACACCAGCGCAUCCACACUGGGGAGAGGUCCUACAAGUGUCCCCAGUGCGGGAAGAGGUUUCUGAGCAGCUCCCAUGUCCUCCGGAUUCACACAGAGGAGAGGCCCUUCCGCUGCCCUGACUGCGGGGAGGGCUUCAAGCAUAACUCCCAUCUCACUGUCCACCGGCGCAUCCACACCGGGGAGAGGCCCUACGAGUGUCCUGAGUGUGGGAAGAGCUUCUCCAGGAAUUCAACCUUGACCCGACACCAACGGAAGAUCCAGUAA